UUUCACACACACACACACCCCACACCAGUCUCUUUCACUGCUUCUUCUUUUCAGCUUCCCCAUUCAUUCUUUCUCAAAACUUUCUUCACUGUGACCAUCAUCAAAACUACUGAUGGCUCCACCUGGUGGAAGAUCCUGUCAUCUACAAUAUCCACUCAAAGUUGCAAUCACUGUGGUUUUCAUCUUUUUCUCCCUGCUGCCUUCCAAAUCUGGUGGGUUAGUGAUGAUGAACAACAGUGAGGAUUUGGAUGAAAGCAAAAUGGCGAUAGGCUCAAGGCCUCCAGCUUGUGUUAACAAGUGCAAGAAUUGUAGGCCUUGCAGGGCAACCCUGGUUGUUCCAAAUCACCAAAAAAGAAAAGGUUUCAAAGUAUCAUCUCAUGGAGAUGAUGAUACCUAUUACCUUCUCUCAUGGAAAUGCAGUUGUGGGGAUAAGCUCUUUCACCCAUGAUUCAUUUAACUUGAUGAUCUAGAUAGCUAGUACUACUAGCUAGUUACCAAUUAUAUCUACAAAGAAAGAGUAGAGAACCCAGCUUCUAUAUCUGGAGCUUCCAUUUGGUAAUCUCUCUCUUUAAGAUGCUAAAUUAGUGAAUUCCAUCUGUAUCCAAUUUGGAGAAGUAUUAGUAAUAGUCU